CUCUGCGGAGAUAGCAUCGAUCCGCCCGGCCCUCCCCUCACUAGCUGACCGCCGCCGCGUCGGCGCCGCAUCCUCCCCUCGGACGGCCUCGGGUGCGAGGACCAGCCCGGCGGCCAACGGCUCCCGGCGUGCACUGCGGCGAGCGCUCUGAGGGAGCGGGCGGGAUGCGCCGGCGGGGCGGUGUCUCUUGAGUCUCCGUGCCCCGCGGCAGGGCCGCUGCGCACCCGGCUCCGACCGUCCCUGCCCAUGGGCCGCGGGCCACCGCGAGGAGCAGGCCGAGCGCCGCCGCAGCCGCCGGAGGGAGCGUGGCAGGUCACCUGGAUGUCAGCAUGGCAGCCACAAACCUGGAGAACCAGCUGCAUAGUGCACAGAAGAACCUUCUCUUCCUCCAGCGGGAGCACGCCAGCACACUCAAGGGGCUGCAUGCUGAGAUCCGGCGGCUGCAACAGCACUGCACAGAUCUAACAUAUGAGUUGACCCUCAAAAGUUUUGAACUGACAGGAGACGGCUCUUCCAGAACGACGGAACUGAAGCGGCGCUGUGAAGAGCUGGAGGCCCAGCUGAAGGCCAAGGAGGAAGAAAACCGCAAGUUAUUGCAAGAACUGGAGCAGAAGAAUGCUGCCAUCGCUGUGCUGGAGAACACGGUCCGUGAGAGAGAGAAGAAGUACCUGGAGGAGCUGAAGGUGAAGAGCCACAAGCUGAGCAUGCUCUCAGGGGAGUUAGAGCAGCGCGCCAGCACCGUGGCCUACCUCACCUCUCAGCUACAUGCAGCCAAGAAGAAACUACUGAGCUCCAGCGGCACCUCUGACGCCAGCCCAGCUGGCAGCCCUGCACUGGCCAGCUACAAGCCCACACCCCCCAAGGACAAGCUGCCUGAGACACCUCGUCGCCGCAUGAAGAAGAGCCUGUCGGCCCCACUGCAUCCUGAGUUUGAGGAAGUCUACAGGUUCGGAGCUGAGAGCCGCAAACUCCUUCUGCGGGAGCCGGUGGAUGCAAUGCCAGAUCCCACCCCGUUCCUGCUGGCCCGGGAGUCUGCUGAGGUCCAGCUCAAAGAGCGGCCUCUUGUCAUACCUCCCAUCGCCUCAGACCGUGGCGCCAGUGGGCAACAUAGCCCAGCCCGAGACAAGCCACACAAGACCCACGUCGGGGUGGCUCAUCGCAUCCAUCAUGCCAGUCCACCACAGCCCCAGCCUGAGGGAGAGACGAGGGCUGUGGACCAAGUGAACACAGGGAAGGUGGUACGGAAGCACUCAGGGACGGACCGAACUGUGUGAAGCCUGCGGCCACCACCGCAGCCAUCCAUGCACUGUGAGCGCCACGGGGAACCUCGCCCACACCUUCCUCACCCCACUCAUGCCAAAUGUUUCCUACCGUCGCAGCCUGGCUCCUGGCCCCAUAGUGACACAAUGGUGUCUCCACUGAAGAUAUUUACUGGCACUGUGGCCAAUGCCUGCAUGCCUAUAGCUUGCUUCUAGCCCCACGCCAUGAGAUCUCGGCACACUUCUUAACAAGGACCAGGCCACGGCUGCAUCACAUGCCACACUCGGAAUCAGAACCGCUUGAAGUCAAAGCAAAAUAAGGAUCCACCCCUCCCAAUAUCCAGGGCAGCCUAUGAGAGCAGAGCAGUAGCUUCUGCUUCUUCCUGGAACUCCUACCUUCCCACAGACCCUUUGCCAAGCAGCUGUAAGCAAGAUGACCCUCACCCCUCAUGUCACCCCAACCUGAGUGUGUGUUCAUAAUUUUUUGUUAGUUUCACCCAAGUGUUCAGGAUCCAACAAAUAUUUUUUUUCUAAACCCA